AUGUAUGUAGACGUGGAACGGCACGUAAAAGAGUGUGUGGAUUGUGCAAGCGGAAAAGGACAUCCAUCUAACCCUGGUCCAUCCCCUGGAAAUAUCGAACCAAGACGACCAUUUGAGGUGGUCUCGAUGAAUUUCGUGACACACAUGCCGAAAUCGGAGCGAGGAAACACUUUCUUGCUCUUAUUCCAAGAUAUGUUCUCAGGAUUCGUGAUGUGUAAACCGAUGUCCUCCACGACAGCCUCCCCGACAGCCCAGGAUGUAGCCGAGGCAUAUGAGGAACGGGUGUUCAGGGUGUUUGGCGCUUCAGAAAUGAUCCGCCAUGAUCAAGAUCCAAGAUUCAUGAGCGAAAUUUUCACCCGAUUCAGGGAACUCCUGGGUAGCCGUCAGAGAUCCACCCUGAGUUACCGACCCCAAGCCAAUGGACAACAAGAACGUUCUGUUCAGACUGUUAUCCAGAGUGUGCGAGCGUAUGUUGCCGAGGCAGACCAAUCAGAUUGGGACGAUCAUGCCGAGCGAUUGAUGUUCGCCGUGAACACAUCGUUUGACUCGACCCGCCUGGAUACGCCAUUCUACCUAGUACAUGGCUGGGAUGCUCGAGGCACCGUAUCUUCCAUGCUGGGGCCUAAGCCGUCCAGCCUUCCAGAACAGACCGCGUACGAAUGGGGAAGAAAGUUCCAACAUGACUAUGGUUAUGCACGAGCAUGUGCUCAGGACUUGCAGAAGAAGGCGAAGCGCCUGAGAUCGGAAGCUCAGACCCAGAAGUGGAGAGAGCUUUCAGAACGUUUGAAGUCCGGAUUCGAAAGGGGCGACGCAGUGUGGCUGUAUAUACCCAAAGUGCAACCAGGGCUGUGUGACAAGUUGGCACACCUAUGGCAAGGCCUUUUCAGAAUUGACGAAGUACAUAAUGAUUUCAGGGUGAAACUGAAGAUCGACGGAGCUGGGUGCACGCCAUUAUUCCCGAAGAGACCAGUCGACGAAAUCACCCUGGAUGAGAAUGAUGACUUGGAUGCAGAAUUGUUGUCUGAAGAUAGUUGGGAAGCAAACAACCAGGAUGGUGAGUACGAAGUGGAACGAAUCCUGGAUCUCCGAUGGACUAAACGCACCCGCACAUCCAGAAGGACUAGAGAAUACCUUGUCAGGUGGAAGGGGUACGUCGAUCCUGAAUGGAUACCACUAUCGCAACUCAACUGUGGAGCCCUGUUGUAUGAAUUCAACCAAGGCGCCAGAGCCAGAGGCGCCAGAGCCAGAGCACGCUUCAGGGUGAUGCAGGCUGGUGACGACCAUCCCCAAAUUUAG